GAUCGCUUUCAAAACAACGUCCAGCAAGAACAAAGCUGGGCCCGGGAGAAAGUGAAACUCGUACCCGCCUUUGAGUUUGUCCAGCGGGAGGGCGAGGCGGGAUUUGCGUGCCUGCCUGCGGGAUUGCCGCCCGUGCCCCUCCGCAGGGCUCGGCAGCCGCUGGAGUUUCGAAUGCCCCUUUGCAAUGCAGCGCUUCUUACUGGAAGGGAGAAAGCAGCGCGUUUGCUGGGGGUGUCCCCAAAAUUCUCGGCGUCGUUGGUUCCGUUAGUAUGGUCUGAAGACUUGCGCCGUGAAUUUGGUCGUUAUGGGCCUAUAGUUGAUGUAUACGUUCCACUUGACUUCUACACUCGUCGUCCCAGAGGAUUUGCUUAUGUUCAAUUUGAAGAUGUCCGUGAUGCAGAAGAUGCUCUCCAUAAUUUGGAUCGAAAGUGGAUUUGUGGUCGGCAAAUAGAAAUCCAGUUUGCACAGGGGGAUCGGAAAGCACCAAAUCAAAUGAAAGCCAAGGAAGGGAGAAACCUAUACAGUUCUUCUCGUUACGAUGACUAUGACAGAUAUAGGCGAUCUAGAAGUCGGAGUUACGAAAGGAGACGGUCUAGAAGUCGUUCUUUUGAUUACAGCUAUAGAAGAUCGUAUAGUCCCAGAAACAGUAGACCUACUGGAAGACCUCGUCGUAGCAGAAGCCAUUCGGACAAUGAUAGGUUCAAACACCGCAAUCGAUCUUUUUCAAGAUCUAAGUCCAAUUCAAGAUCACGAUCCAAGUCACAGCCCAAGAAAGAAAUGAAGGCUAAAUCACGGUCUAGGUCUGCAUCUCACACCAAAUCUAGAGGCACCUCUAAAACAGAUUCUAAAACACACUAUAAGUCCAGCUCAAGAUAUGAAAAGGAGUCGAGAAAAAAAGAACCAGCUAGAUCCAAAUCACAGUCAAGAUCACAUUCUAGAUCUAGGUCAAAAUCCAGAUCAAGGUCAUGGACUAGUCCCAAGUCCAGUGGCCACUAACAGUGUAUCCAUGUUGGUUUUAGGCAUGUAAGAUUCAUUUACACACAGUUCAGUUUACUUAAAUUAUCAGGAAUAUGAUGUUGCAACAGUGCUAAAAAAUAUUUUCUUUGUCAGUUUUCCCUGUAGCCGACAAUGGUUAAAAUUAAAACAGUGUUGAGAGGCCACUGAGAGAGAGCGAGGAGAGAGAGAGAGAGAGAGAGAGAGAAUGUCCACUUGGUUAAAUGUCAUGGGCAGCUACUGAUUUGGUUGUGGUGUCUCUAUGUAUAUUUUUGUAAAGAUUUGCAUUUUUAAUGCUUAGAUAUUGGUGAUGACUUGAUUGAUCGUAACUUGCAACAUUGUCCUAUUAAAAAUGUCAUACCUGUAGAGAAAUUGGUACCAGUUUGUGCUGAACAGUUAAACCAACUGUUUAACUUGUUCUUUAAUGCUAAACUUUGUGAGAGAACAGAAAACUGGACAGCUGUAGUGCAACACUGACUGCUGUGAAAUGCAGACUGGCAAUUUUAUGUUUCCAUUGUUCAAAGGCAGGUUUCUGUGUUCUCCAUGCCCACUGACGCAAGUAGGCUGGUAAAUGGAGCUCUAUGGAGAGAUAUUUUUGAGAUUUCUCUUUAACCCUGCCAUCUGGAGAGAUGGUACUAACAUUGCACGUACUACAUGGGGAGAGAAGAGUUGGUCUUGGAAGCUCGUUCAGAGAUUGUGCAGUGUCGUGAUUUGUCAGGAUAGAGGCUUCACUGCUUUUGACCUGGCUGCUAGUACUAAAUGUGUGAGGAAAAAAAAAACCACCUUGAAAUGGAAGAUUAAAUUCAGAUUUCAGUAAAUGGCAGAGCAACUAAAUAUUAGGUUGUGUGUACAUUUUAUGCAGUUUUUGUAUCUAUUCUAAAUUUUAGUGAGCAGUUAACCAUAAAAUUGCUUAGUUUUCCUGCUGUUAGAUACAAGUAGAUUGUUUCGAGUUGUGUGUGUACAGUAUAUAAGAACUAAACUUUUAUGCCAAUGACUCCUGUGGUUAGUUGGUGUAUUUCAUAGGUAUAAAACUGUAGCCAUCUCUCUUCCUGAGUAACAAAGGCUUGCUUUUACACAUCAAAAAGUAUUUGGUCAAGCAAGUCUGAAUCACUUCUUCCUCAGAAUGGAUAGCGGUUUGGUUACAAGAUUUCAUUUUACUUAAGAACAAAUGUUUGAAGUUGGAUAUGAACAAGAGCUGCAUCUCUAGCUAUUUAGUUUUUCACUAAUACAGUAUAUUUAGUAAAUUGAAUGUGAAAAGUAACAAAACCAGUGUGUAAUCUUACCAGUAUUUCUCUAGAAGGCAAGAUACUUUGUAAUGAAAAUGGCUUUUGGCGUUGUUUUUUUUCUAUUUACCUUCAAAAGCCAGCAUCAAACACCUGGUGUUCCUUGCUGUCUUAUGUAGUAGCAUAUGAAGACAUUGAUUUCAAAAAGUUCCUUUUUAGAGAAAUGUUUUAGGUUUGGGUUUUAGUGUUUUCAGCAGGGCCUUUGAAGAAACGCAGAUGGCUUUUAAAUAUUGGCCAUGGAACGUGCUUAGGGGGUUGAUUCUAGAAUCUUUGUACAUUUGAUAGUAUUUCUAACUUUUUCUUUACUGUUUGCAGUUAAUGUUCAUGUUCUGCUAUGCAAUCAUUUAUAUGCACGUUCCUUUAAUUUUGUAGACUUUCCUGGAUGUAUAGUUUAAAAACAGCAAAAAGUCUAUUUAAAACUGUAGCAGUAGUGUGCAGCUCUAGCAGAGGAAAGUUGUGGGAUUAAACUUUGUAUUUCCUUUCUUAUAGAGGCUUCUAAAAAGGUAUUUUUAUAUGUUCUUUUUAACAAAUAUUGUGUACUACCUUUAAAACAUCAAUGUUUUGAUCAAAAUAACUAAAGACCCAGCUUAUUUUCUGCUUGCUGUAAAUUUAGCAAACAUGCUGUAAUAAAAAAAUGAAGGAAA